AUGAAGGAAAUAACGUAUCAGGUCGAGGGACGGAAUGUGCUGCGCAACGAUGCUCGCUGUAAACUUCGUGCCCCGGUGGCCGAUUUGAUAGCCAUGGUGUUCAACGAGAACUUUUUGAAGGAGCGUAUGCUGGAAUUUCACAUCGACGCCGAGAAAAUUACGGGCACCGGCAACCUGAUGCGCCGCAUUGAACGAGCCUACGAGGCGUUGGACAGAAUUCGGGAUGCGGCCAUCCAAGAAAAGACCGACGAGCGAUUGGCAAGGUUGGAGAGAAGCACGAUCGCGUUUUACGAACUAAUCCCGCAUCACGAGCGAGCGCCGCUCGACACCGAGGAGCUGAUCGAUAAAAAAAUUGAGCAACUCGGCGAGCUGAUCGAGUUGGCCGAAAUCGAGCAGAUGAUGGAUAAGCACGGCAGCAAAGAACCACGGCAUAUUCUCGACCAACUCUACGACCAUAUCAAGUGUGAUAUUGUGCCACUCCAACGGGAGGAGGAUGAUUUCAAGAUGAUCGAGCGCUACAUUUUGGAGUCGGGCAACUCGCAGUAUGGCGACUUCAGAUGUUAUGAUGUUGCGGCGGCAUUCUCGCUUCGACGCGGCGGCGAAGAUGCGGCAUUCCGGAAAGAUUUGCCUAACCGAACAUUACUCUGGCACGGCUCGAACGUCGUCAACUACUGCGGAAUCUUCACACAAGGCCUCAGGAUUGCUCCCAAGGAAGCGGCGUACAUCACCGGUCAAGCCUAUGGCCGCGGCCUCUACUUCUCCGACAACUUCAACGUGUCGAUGGGCUAUUGCCGGGUGAAAGCGGAUGAGGAGCCGCUGAUUUUGUUGUGCGAGGUGGCGCUGGGAAAGAGCCGGAACUUCCACACUGGCGGCGGCUACCACUCGGAUUCCGGAAAGUCAUCAUGGAAUUCGACGUUUGUGGGUUUCGGCGACAAGCAUACAAUCCCAACGAGGAUCCUGCGAGCUUUCCCCCACGUCGACCGCACUUCAACGACAGAAAAGCCGCUGCGCCAGAAUUUUUACGUCGUGCCCAAGACGGAUCAGGCCCGUCUCCGCUUCAUCAUUCGGCUGCGGUUGAAGCCCGGCGCGAACCAAGCACUCGAUCUCGUUCAAGCAGCUGCUCUUGUGCUGCUUGGAUUUUUAGCCACUUUUGGAGUGUUGCUAAUCGUCGUGUUCCUCUUUCACCGCUGCAUGGAAAAGCUCGGGUAUAACGACAACACCAAGCGGUUCGAGCUACCGUCUUUUGAAAACUACAAAGUCGUCGAGGAAGACGAAAAUGAGAACAAGCGCAAAAGUUUUCAAUCGAUCCUCGUCCACUCGGAACUGAUAAAAAUGCAGGGUGAUGAAGAGGUCCUAUCCCCACUGGGUCUCGACAAAAAGCAACGCCGAGACCCCUCAAUAUUGGCGUCGCCAGCAAAUGGUAUGGGGCGGACGGCCCAGUUAAUUUUUAUUGUCCUCCUCGUCCAGCAGACCGUUGCCAUACAGGAAUUUGUUGCGGAAUCGUUCAGCAGCUUCGACUUUGACAGCAAGCACUCGAUCUCGUUCAAGCAGUUGCUCUUUGUGCUACUUGGAUUUUUAGCCACUUUUGGAGUGUUGCUAAUCGUCGUGUUCCUCUUUCACCGCUGCAUGGAAAAGCUCGGGUAUAACGACAACACCAAGCGGUUCGAGCUACCGUCUUUUGAAAACUACAAAGUCGUCGAAGAAGACGAAAAUGAGAACAAGCGCAAAAGUUUUCAAUCGAUCCUCGUCCACUCGGAACUGAUAAAGAUGCAGGGUGAUGAAGAGGUCCUAUCCCCACUGGGUCUCGACAAAAAGCAACGCCGGGAGUUAGCCAUGCUCCUGGGUGGCUAUGUACAU